GGUUUUUUCUUGAAGCAGAAGAACUUUACAAAAACUGUCAAAGGGACAUUUUAUUGGAGUCGGUCAAUCGAAAAGAAACUAACUUUUAUUUUGUCCGUUAAUUUAUUACAACAACAGUCAUGACUGCUAAUCGACCAGAAUCUGAGACAAACAUAUUUAACAUAUUUGACAACGCAAUAACUGACAAUAUAUUGAAAUCGCUGCCAUUGAAUGAUCUUCUUAGAUGUAGUCAAACAUGCAAACGCCUUAGAACCACGUGUGAACAUCGAUUUCGACAAACUUUUCGUAAAAAAGCAGAGCAGGACAUACACAUUAAAUUAGCUGACAAUGGAAAGCUGAGUGUCUCGUCCCUCGGAGUAACCCAUCUAAAAUGCUUUGACAACAUUAUCAAAAAUCUGACAAUUUCAUCGUGGAACUUUGUGACAAACACGAAUUUGAAACUUGAGAACCUUACGAACUUUAUGCUGAAAAAAUGUGAAACGAAACUGCGUAAAAUUUGCAUCAUCGGCGAUAUGGAAUUGGACCUGUUCGGUCAGAAAAUUGAAAGCAUCCUUUGCAACGUGCAGACAGUUGAAUUUGGAAAAAGAAGAGGAGUUGCGGAUGAAGUACAAUUUCUCACACAUUGCACAAAUUUGAAAAAAUUGAUUUUGGGCUCUGAAAUCAAUAGCGAAAACGUUGAUGAAAUCCUGCGGCAACGAUAUCACCGGUUAACACAGUUCUGUUACUUGUACGAUAAUGGGAACAAUCUGAAUCUACAGACGUUGAAAUUGUUCUUCCGGAACAAUGACAGAAUCAAAAGUAUUGAAUGGAAAUUCCGUAUGAUUGACCAUCCCUCCAGGCAGCACUUUGUGAAAUGCUUGCAAACUGUUGGGUAUGCUGAACAUCUAACGCAUUUUCGGUUAUGUUUUUCCAAUCAAUUGUCGAAAUACACCUCAAAGCAAUUUGACCAAAUUUGCAAUCAACUAAAUUUAUUGUGUAAGCGAGACACCUUCAAAAUUUUGGAAAUAUCAUUGAUUGAUGCUACGUGUUACAUCGAUUGUGAUUACGACAACACAUCGAUUGCACUUUCACGUAUGAAAAGCUUUGCUAAAUGGAAGCAACUGAGCAAGAUUCACUUACAGCAUUUUGGGAUUCUUACUACGAUGCCGGUAAUAAGUGAGUUUGUUCAUUUAAAAUCGAUUGUCUUCAAUAGUUGCUUUUUGAAAUAUGACAAUGAGUUGGUCGAUGAGGGAACAUCGAUGUCUCAAAUCUCAGAGGUAGUAAUAAAAAACAGCCAUUUUAACGGUGUUAAUGAACUGUGUAUGCCCCUUGUGAGACACUGGGCAAAUUUGACAAAAAUAUUUCUGCCUAUUUGUGUCACUUAUUACGGUUUCAAAUUGGACAUUGCCGAAUUAAAUAGAGCCAGAGAAGAAUUGAAUGACGCGUGCGAGCUAACUAUUUUCACAAAUCAUAAAAGUUUUCCGUCAAAUAUGGAACACAGAUUGGUUAAAUUGCACUGUGACUUGAAUCGAUAGGUUAUUCAAUGGUUGACAAAUGGUUGCUUAAACAAAACUAUUGCAAUUUUAUCAAAUAGAUCCUCAAUGUGAGACGAAAAGCAAAACAAAAGCGCCGCUUGAAUUAUUAGAAUUGUAAAGCAAAUGUAAUUUAUUUUAGUUUUUAAUUCAAAGAGAGAUCUGUAUUUAGCUCAUUAAAAAAUGUACCAAA